AUGCCGGACAGAGUUUCCGUACUGCUUCCGACAUGGACACAGCCGUCUAUCACUCAAACGGUCCUUGGUAAAAGUGGUGUCCUCAAUGGGAUUGAAGAGUUUCGAGGAAUUCCAUAUGGUAGAGUACCUGAAAGAUGGCAACACGCUAUACUUCUUGAUCAGUUGCCUGAGGACGUUUUUGACGCAACCCACAAUGGCCCUCGCUGCCCCCAACCGCAGGAACCGAACAACAGCGAUUUCUACCAGUCAUAUCUUGAGUUCCCUAGUGAUGUUACAGAAUCCGAAUUCGACUGCCUGAAUUUAUUCAUCACUAGACCAAGCAGGUUGACGUCUGGGAGAGAGACCAAACUGCCUGUUUAUGCUUAUAUACAUGGCGGUGCCUACGCAUUUGGCGCUGGGACAGAUCCAAUGUGGGACCCUGCCCACCUGGUAGCCAAAUCGGUAGAAAUAGGAACACCGAUCAUUGUCGUUACAAUCAACUACCGCCUCAAUCUGUUCGGAUUCGCAGCAUCGUCGGAGAUUAUCGAUUCCCAGUCGCCCGAGCAAACAAGAGGAUGCAAUUUCGGACUCGGUGAUCAGAAUAUCGCACUGCGCUGGGUUCAACGCAACAUCGGAGCUUUCGGUGGUGAUACAAAUAAGAUAACAGUGGGCGGGCAGUCAGCUGGAGGAAGUUCGGCACAUGCACAUAUUCUAGAUGCAAUACUAGGAUCAAAGGCUCCUUUGGUCCAGCGAGCGAUAAUCCAGUCCGGCGCAGUUGGUGUUCUUGGGCCCCUGACCAUGACAAGUGCAAAUACACGAUGGGCUGUGUUAUGCGAUAAGUUAGGGGCUCCUGCCGAAGAUGCCGUCGAACGUAUGAAGUUCAUGAGGAACAUUCCGCCAGAUAUAAUUCUUGAAGCGUAUAGAGACUUGGCUUGGAUUGUCUGUCCCUUGGUCCAGGACAACUUGACCAUUUCACGAAGAGCGGAUAAUCGCUGGAACGUACACUUUACCAUUUCGGAUGACCCUGUGGCGGAUGUCGGGGCAUGUGACAAGCCGGAGUAUGCGAUCUUGAUUGGAGAUACCGAGCUUGAGGGAACAAUGCAUCGCUCCCACGUGACGCAAAUCAAAAGUUUAGAGGAUUUCAAAAGUCGCUUGACCUCUGGAAGCCCACUGGAAGAAACCUUCAUGGAUGCCUUUUGCAACAUAUAUAGGCUUGAGGCAAGCAUGUCCACUGCAUCCUUACACGAGCAGAUUUUCCGUUUCUUGUCCGACAUUCAGUUUGGAUACCCGGUCCAACAAGCGCGUGAGGAUUUCAUGACCUGGGAAACCUCUGUGAAGGAGCUGUCUCAGCAGAAGAGGGCUUCAAAUCUCCAUCCCAUCCAAGUGCACUCGUAUCGCGUCGAAGUCGGAAAUCCAUUCCUGGGGCCAAACCACGGAGUCGCUCAUCACUGUGUUGAUCUCAUUUAUAUCUAUGAUGCUUUCCACGAUGCACUGCGCGCAAUCGAUGUGGCCUCACCGACAGGUGGCACAAGCAAUGCUGAACUUGUAAAUCGAGUUCAAACCGAUUGGAUCACAUUUAUUGCUGCUCCAAGUAUAAAUGAGAACAGGGAUCUCGCAACUGUAUAUACUUCUGAUCACAAAGCAAAAGUGGUGAAUAUGUCCUUGGACAAAGAUUGGCAGGACAGGAAGCGCAGAUUUGACUUCAUCAGCCAGUACACAAACGCCGCACGGCAAGUGGCUAAAAUCGUCACCAGAGGCGAUGACAUUUCAUAG